AACAGUUUAUGUAUAAAUACGUGAAAUAAGGGCAGUCUAUUUUUUUGUAAUUCUUUUGGGCUUCAAAAAAUUUCAACGUUUUGAUCGUUAUCUUAUGUCACUCGUGUACUCCAUUAAAACACAGUAGUUCCUUGUUUGCUUUUCUAUCUUGUUUUUUUUCUUUCUGUUGAAACCAAGGUUUCGAACUUUCAGGGUUUGAUUGUCAAGUGUUCACUGAGAUGAUUUAGUGGAAAAUAUGCUUGAAGUUGAUGAUUAUGUAUCAACAAGAUUCAGAUAUCGUGCAUUGGUUUCUGGGCUGUGACCCGUUUUAUCAUUCUGCAUAUAAUAGUGACAUAAUACAACAUGAUGCUGGUGACAUAUAUCAUCAUGCACAUUAUUUUAGAGAUCAUACUGAUACAGAAAGCACCCAGAUAGAGAAUGAUGAGGUUAUUGCCCGUACCCUUCAGGAAGAAUUCUCACAUCUAGCGGUGUCAGAAGCUUCUAAAUCUUUUCAUUCUGGAGAACAGCAGUUGCAAUCUUACAGUGAACCUCAUGAUUGGCAUAGUUCAUCAACAGGGGACUAUUAUUAUUCAGGCUAUGAAUAUGGCCAGGAUGGAUCUAGUGAUUUGGUGCCACUUAGUUCAUGCUCUAGCCCCAGUGACUCAGAGGAUUUUUCCUGCUCUUUGGAGCUGACCGAUGGUUAUUUACUAGAUGAUGAUGAAGUAGGCAAGAGGUUGAAUCAAAUGAUUCCUAUUCCUCAUGUCCCUAGAAUCAAUGGAGAAAUACCAUCAAUUGAUGAAGCAAUGUCAGAUCAUGAAAGGUUGUUGAACAGAUUGCAGGCAUAUGGUUUUGUUGAGCUCAAGGUUCAAGGGGAUGGUAACUGUCAGUUCCGUGCACUGUCAGAUCAGUUAUAUCACACACCUGAUAAUCACAAAUAUGUGAGACGACAAGUUGUGAAUCAGCUUAAAUCUCACCCAGAGACAUAUGAAGGAUAUGUUCCCAUGGAUUAUGCUGACUAUUUGAAGAAGAUGUCAAAGAGUGGCGAGUGGGGUGAUCAUGUUACAUUGCAGGCGGCUGCGGACUCGUAUGGCGUAAGAAUUUUUGUUAUAACUUCCUUUAAGGACACUUGUUACAUUGAGAUUCUUCCUAACUUCCAGAAGUCAAAAGGAGUCAUUUUCUUGAGUUUUUGGGCCGAAGUUCACUACAACUCAAUCUACAUUCAAGGAGAUCUCCCCUCAGUUGAGGUUCCAAGGAAGAGAAAGUGGUGGAAUUUUGGGAACUAACACAAAUAAGGGCGAGUCAAGCUUCCACCAUUAUUGUUGCUGUCGACUUGCCCAAGCUGUUCAAUCGCUCGAAAGACACACCCUGAGUCCCCUUCGAACCAUCAUAAUAAUCUUUGCUUUCACAACGAUAUAGUAUUUCCUACUACUUUAUAUUGUAAAACGAACAUAAAAGGAAAAGGCCUUAUGAUACUUCUGGCCUGCCCUUGAAUGUUGCCAAUAUUCACAGCUCAAAUUUUGCAUACAUGAAAGAAUUCCAACAGGAGUGUAUCUGUUGUUCAUACUUAUUCUUUGUUGAUUCAAACAUAAUCAAUCUCAGCAUUGAGAACUCUGGUUUUCUUUCCAA